AUGGACCUGGGCAGCAUUCUCCAUUUUCUUGAGGACAAGUCCAUUCUUGUCACUGGUGCCACUGGUUUUCUGGCUAAGAUUUUUGUUGAGAAGAUUCUUAGGGUUCAACCAAAUGUGAAGAAGCUCUAUCUUCUUUUAAGAGCUGCAGAUGAAAUGUCCGCGAUGCAACGUUUUAACACUGAGGUGAUAGCAAAGGAUUUGUUCAUGGUUCUUAAAGAGAAAUAUGGGCGAAAUCUAAACUCUUUUAUUUCACAAAAAGUUGUGGUUGUACCUGGGGACAUUACCUGCGAGAACUUGGGUGUCAAAGACAGAGAUUUGUUGGAGGAGAUGUGGAAAGAAGUUGAUGUUGUAGUUAAUCUAGCUGCCACUACAAACUUUGAUGAAAGAUAUGAUGUUUCACUUGACAUUAAUACAUUUGGAGCUAUGCGUGCUUUGAGCUUCUCCAAAAAAUGCUCCAAAUUAAAGGUUCAUGUUCAUGUAUCAACAGCGUACGUUUGUGGUGAGAAAGAGGGACUCAUAUCCGAGACUCCAUACUACAUGGGUGAGACACUUAAUGGGAUAAGUGGACUCGAUAUCGAUAGAGAGAAAAAAGUGGCGGAGGAAAAGUUGAAGCAACUAAGAGUAGAGAAUUCUUCACAAGAAUCUAUUAAAUCAGCCAUGAAAGACUUGGGGAUUCAAAGAGCAAGGAAAUAUGGAUGGCCAAAUACCUAUGUUUUCACAAAGGCAAUGGGAGAGAUGCUGUUGGGACACAUGAAAGAAAACAUGCCCCUUGUCAUCAUUCGUCCUACGAUCAUAACCAGUACCUACAAAGAGCCCUUCCCAGGUUGGGUCGAAGGGAUCAGAACCAUUGAUAGCUUAGCUGUUGGUUAUGGCAAAGGAAGAAUAACAUGUUUCCUUGGUGGCCCCAACACCAUAAUCGAUUUGAUCCCAGCAGACAUGGUGGUGAAUUCAAUGAUUGUAGCCAUGGUAGCUCAUGCAAAUCAACCAAAUGAGACCAUAUACCAUGUUGGAUCUUCGUUAUCAAACCCUAUGACAUGUAAAAUGUUUCAAGAAUAUGGCCACCAAUACUUCACCAAGCACCCCUGGAUCAACAAGGAAGGCAAACCUGUCACUGUUAGCAAGGUCAAAGUGCUCAGCACAAUGGAUAGUUUCCAAUCAUACAUGACGAUUCGCUACUUGCUCCCAUUGAAGGUAUUGCAAUUCGUGAACGCAGCUUGUUGCCAAUACUUCCGCGGCUUGUAUCUUAAUAUGUACAGAAAGAUCAAAUACGUUAUGAGGUUGAUUGAUCUUUAUCGACCUUAUUUAUUCUUCAAAGGAGUCUUUGAUGAUAUAAACACAGAAAAACUGCGAAUGGCAGCGAAAGAAAGCAACGUUGAGACAGAUAUCUUCUACUUUGAUCCCAAAACCAUCAAGUGGAGUGACUAUUUCAUGAGCAUUCACCUGCCAGGAGUGAUCCCAGCAGACAUGAUGGUGAAUGCAAUGAUUGUAGCCAUGGUUACUCAUGCAAAUCAACCAAAUGAGACCAUGUACCAUGUUGGAUCUUCUAUAACAAGCCCUAUGAGUUAUGACAUGCACAAUGUUUCACGAAUAUGGCUACCAAUACUUCACCAAGCACCCCUGGAUCGACAAGGGAGGCAAACCUGUCAUCGUUGGCAAGGUCAAAGUGCUCAGCACGAUGGAUAG